AAAAAAAAAAAAAAAAAAAACAGCAGAAGCUUAAAAAUUCACUUUAGUAUAUGAGAGAAAACUAACAAGCAGUCUCUCCGCAAACACCCAACAAAUUUUUUCUCCUCUCUCGUCUCAGAAAGAAGCAAAAAGAAGUAAACUUUAAAUUAUUCUGGUGAAGGUUUGAGGGUCUAUAUGUCCCUCAAUCAAUCAAGGUUUGAUAAGAACGAGUCACAGUUUAGAAAACCAGGCGGUGGACGAUCUGGUAGAGGCUCUGGUGGUCAGCAAAGGAAUUUUCCUGGCGGUCGUGGAAGAGGUGGCGGAAGCGGCCCCACUACCACCACCGCCCCUCCGGUUUCGAACACUCAGAGUUACAAGAAGGUUAACCAUGCUCAAGGCGGACAAUCUAGAGGAAAUUCUGGACCUGUGACCCCUGAUUUUAAUGCUGUUACCAGUUCACGUUAUGCAGAAAAUGGUGGCCAUGUACAGUCCACAUUACAAGCAGUGUCCAACACACCAUCUCCAGCUGGAAUCCCUAAGCCAAAUGAUGCAUCAUCUCAUAAGAUUAGUCGACCUAUUCCAAAGGCUCCAUCUUCACAAUCAUCCUCCAUGAGCUCUGAAACUACCUUACCUUCCACACCUUCAAAGGGGGAUGGAGCUAAGGGCUUUCCUCUGCAAUUUGGAUCCAUAAGUCCAGGUUUCAUGAAUGGAAUGCAGGUACCAGCUCGAACAAGCUCAGCUCCACCUAAUUUGGAUGAGCAAAAGCGUGAUCAGGCCCGUCGUGAAGCUUCAAAAGCUGUGCCAGCAAUUCCAUUACCAUCUGCUCCUAAACAGGAGUUGCCAAAAAAGAAAGUUUCUACAACUGAGAAUCUGAUUGCUCAAGAAAGUAAAAGUAAGGUCAAAAGAGAUGUCCAUGUGGCAUCUGCAUCUCCACCAUCACCGGCACACAAACCUUCUGUUCUUCCUGCAGCAGGUAUAUCUGUGCCAUCACCGUUUCACCAGCAAACCGUUUCCAUGCAGUUUGGUGGACCUAAUCCACAAAUUCAGUCCCAAGGUAUGCUUACAAGUUCGCUUCAGUUGCCAAUUCAGAUGCCGUUACAGAUGGGAAAUCCCUCCCAAGUUCCUCCGCAAGUCUUUGUGCCUGGUCUCCAACAUCCACUUAUGCAAACUCAGGGAAUCAUGCAUCAUAACCAGAACUUGGGAUAUAAUCCUCAGCUUGCACCGCAGCUUCCUCAUCAACUAGGAAAUAUGGGAAUCAAUAUGUCUGCUCCGUAUAAUCAACAGCAGGCUGGAAAUUUUGGCAAUACACGUAAGACAGUGAAGAUAACACAUCCUGAUACACACGAGGAGUUGAGACUUGAUAACAGUGGAUCAACAGCACCAAGGGUGCAUCAAAGUGGGUCUUCGCAGUCCCAACCUGUACCUCCGUAUACAGGAGCGCAUCCCAUGGGCUACUAUUCUAGCUCAUACACAACAGGCCCCCCUUUUUUCUCAGCUCAAAGUUCACUUCCUUUGACAAGUGCUCAAUUAAAUGCUAGCUCCCAGGGUCCCAGGUUUAGCUAUCCUGUUAGCCAAGCACAGCCAACUAUGCCCUUCAUGAACCAAUCUGCGUCUAAUACCUAUUCAGUCAGCAGGGCUGGGGCUACCAUCCAUGGCGCUCCUGAUUCUUCCAGUUUGGAUCAGGUUCGGGAGGCUCAUAAUAUUGCCCCUUCUGCACAAUCAACAUCGGUCCAUGUGACUGUAAAGGCAGCUGGUGGGUCUGCUAGGGAGAAGGCCAUUAACUCCUCUGCUGUUGAAAGACCAGAGCUCUCUAAAGUAUUGAAUCCCGCUGUGGAGCCUAGUGUUGCUAGGAAGGAUUCAGAAAUAAAUGUGGACAAUUCCGCUUUUCAGCCAAACUCUAGUACUGCUCAUCCAAAACACUCUGCUACCAUGACAGCUUCAGUUGCCACUGAGUCGUCAAGUUUAGUAGAAGUUUCUGCUAUUUCUGAUACAAUUCAUAGAGAAUCAGCAGCUAUAGCUCCUCCUGUGAAUGGCGUCAAGAGGGAAACUUCAAGUAAGUCCGUGCCUAUCAAGGAUAUUGAGAAGAAUCCAGGCAAGCAAGAGCACCCUGAAUCAUCACAACAGGUUGAUGGAAAGUCUGAAUCCAGAGUGAGUCAGGAUCUAGUUGAUUCUUCUGAGGUUGUGAUCUCUGAAUCUGCAGAACCUAGAUCCACUCAAACUGCAUCAGACUCUAAGUUGGCUAUAUUAGAAGCUGGUCAGUCAUCACCAAGUGAUGUCCAUGGUGAUGGUAUUGGUACUGAAGCCCCAUCUCAUUCAUCAGAAAGUUAUGAAAACCAGGAUAUUGCUUCUAAAGAUCAGGCUACAAAUAAAGAUGACCUUCCUUCACAAGAAAAAGCUGUGAAAGAAUCAUCAGAUGCCAAAGAAAGAGGAGAAAAUGAACUAGACAUACUACAGUCAGAUAGUUCUUUGAAGGGCUCAGAUAUUGCCAAAGAUAUAGAUCGAGACGAGCAAUUGAUGAAUGCUGCUGAUGUAAAGGGUGUUAUGGAAACUUCUCAAAGAGAGGUUGAAUCUGCUGAAUCUUGUGUUCAAGUCGAUAAUUUGAUGGAAAUUCGCUCGUGUAAGAAUGAUUCAUCUAUUAUUUCUGAUGGAUGUGGCCUCUCAGAAGCAAACACUUUGUCAGUCUCAACAGAUGGUGUCAGUUGCAAAGGCGACGAUGUCUCCAAAUCUGGUAUGUCCGACAAUGAGGCAACUUCUGUUUCGGCAGAUCUCUUAGACACACAUUUAGGGCAUGAAGAAAUCAUGGAGAACUCAAGGCCUAAUUCUUCAUCAGGUACCACGUCAGGAUCAAAUAAGGGAAAAAAUAAAGGGAAGAAAAAGUGGAAAGAACUGCUUCAGAAAGCAGAUGCUCUUGGGACAUCUUCUGAUUUGUACAUGGCCUAUAAGGGUCCAGAGGAGAAGAAAGAAUCUAGUGUUGCUACAGAACUUGCUGCUGAUGAUAAGUCGAAGGAGGUAUCUGGUGAUGUCAGACCAGAAGAGAGUUCUGAGAAGAACAAGGAGGAGCAGAUUAAAGCCGAGCUUGAUGAUUGGGAAGAUGCAGCUGAAAUUGCUACACCAAAGUUGGAAUCCUCAAUAAAGGGUGGUCAUGGAGGCUCAGUUCAUGAUGAAGAUGGAGUUACAGCUAAAAAGUAUUCCAGAGAUUUCCUUCUAACAUUUUCAGCUCAGUGUACUAACCUCCCAGAACGGUUUGAAAUUACUUCUGAUUUAGAAGCUUUGAUGUCUGAAAAUACUAGUGCUUCUCGUAGUGAUCGUGAACACCCUAGUGCCGGGAGAACCAUAGAUAGGCCAGCUGCAGCUGCAGCUGCACGACCUGAUCGCCGUGUUAGUGGGACAUUGGAUGCUGAUAGGUGGAAUAAACAGCCUGGUCCGUUUCCUUCAGUUCGAGAUCCAGGGAUGGAUCUUGCAUAUGGAAGCAAUAUAAUGGGAUUUCGUGGUGGUCCCGGCCCUAAUUAUGGUGUGCUCAGGAACCCACGGGCACAAGGACCUGUUCCACAUGUUGGUGGGAUUUUGUCUGGCCCAAUGCAUUCUAUGGGUUUUCUGGGAAUGCAGAGAAAUAACUCUGAUGCUGACCGUUGGCAACGAGCUACAAACUUCAAUAAAGGUCUGAUGCCCGCUCCUCAGGGUCCUUCCCAGAUUAUGCACAAAGCUGAGAGAAAGUAUGAGAUAGGUAAAAUAUCUGAUGAAGAGGAGGCAAAACAGAGGAAGUUGAAGGGUAUUUUGAAUAAGCUGACUCCUCAGAACUUUGAGAAAUUGUUUGAGCAAGUUAAAGAAGUUAAUAUUGACAAUUCUGUGACUCUGGCUGGAGUAAUCUCUCAGAUCUUUGACAAGGCUUUGACAGAGCCAACAUUUUGUGAAAUGUAUGCGAACUUCUGCCAGCAUCUUGCCUCUGAGCUCCCAGAAUUAAGUGUAGACAAUCAGAAAAUCACCUUCAGGCGUUUGUUGCUGAACAAGUGCCAAGAAGAAUUCGAGAGAGGAGAAAGAGAGGAACAAGAAGCUAAUAAGGCUGAUAAUGAGGGUGAGGAUGAACCUAAACAAUCCGAAGCAGUUAGAGAAGAAAUGAGAUUGAAAGCACGUAGACGCAUGUUGGGGAAUAUUAGAUUGAUUGGUGAGUUGUACAAGAAGAGGAUGUUAACUGAAAGAAUAAUGCACGAGUGUAUAAAGAAGUUGUUAGGUCAAUAUCAAAACCCUGAUGAAGAAAACAUUGAGGCAUUGUGCAAGUUGAUGAGCACAAUUGGGGAGAUGAUUGAUCAUCCCAAAGCCAAGGAGCAUAUGGAUGCUUACUUUGACAUUAUGGGUCAGUUAUCCAACAAUACGAGGUUAUCUUCUAGAGUGAGGUUCAUGUUGAGGGAUGCUAUUGACCUUAGAAAGAACAAAUGGCAACAGAGAAGGAAGGUUGAGGGUCCUAAGAAGAUUGAUGAAGUGCAUCGUGAUGCUGCUCAAGAAAGGCAAGUACAAACCAGUCGUUUAAAUCGUGGCCCUAGCAUGAAUUCUGGGAUGAGAAGGGGCCAACCUAUGGAUUUUGGUCCUCGAGCACCUAUGAUAUCGUCUCCUAUUGGGCAGGGUGGUGGUUUCAGAGGUAUGCCCUCUCAGCUUCGUGGGUUUGGUGGACAGGAUUCCCGGAUUGAUGAAAGGAACAUUUUUGAAAGCCGUGGUACACCUUCAGUGCCUUUGCCUCAGAGGCUAUCAAGUGAUGAGACAAUUACCCUGGGACCCCAAGGUGGUCUUGCUAGGGGAAUGGCAUAUAGAGGGCAACCAUCUAUGUCUAAUUCUCCCCUGUUAGACAAUACCCCAUCCUAUGUGGAUUCAAGAAGAAUGAUAGGUGGUUUGAAUGGUUACAGUAAUGUGCCAGACCGUGGAGCAUUUAGCUCAAGGGAAGAUCAACUUGUGAGGAAUCCAUCUGAUAGAUUUGUUGCUCCAGUUGCUUAUGAUCAAUCUAGUAGCCAAGAGCAUAACACAAAUAGGGAUGCCAGAUAUCCCGAUCAAAAUUUAGACAGGGCUAGGCCAUUAACACCUACUGUGGCACGGGUUGCGCCAGCUCUAAAUGUUUCUCCAGAAACAGUAUGGCCCGAGGAGCGUUUACGGGAGAUGUCAAUUUCAGCAAUAAGGGAAUAUUACAGUGCGAACGAUGAGAAGGAAGUUGCACUAUGCAUCAAAGACUUGAAUGCUCCAAGUUUUUAUCCUACAGUCAUUUCUGCUUGGGUCACUGACUCCUUUGAAAGAAAAGACUUGGAGCGGGACAUGCUGUCACGACUGCUUGUCAACCUUACAAGACCUCGGGAAGGCAUUUUUAGCCCUGGGCAGCUUGUUGAAGGGUUCAAAUCUGUAUUGACUACCUUGGAGGAUACAGUUACUGAUGCCCCUAAAGCGCCAGAGUUUCUUGGCCGGAUAUUUGCCAGUGUAGUAAUAGAAAACUUGGUACCUUUAAAAGAUGUUGGUCGAUUAAUACAAGAGGGUGGGGAGGAACCAGGCUGUCUACGAGAAUCAGGGUUGGCAGCUGAAAUUCUAGGAAGUGUCCUGGAUAAGAUCAAAUCUGAGCAAGGAGAAACUGUACUGAAAGAUAUUCGAGCUGGCUCCAAUCUGCGGUUAGAAGAUUUUCGACCCCCAGAGCCAAUUAGAUCCCGUAAAUUAGAGAUGUUUAUGUAGGGGAUGUUGAUGAUUAUUGUAUGUGCUUACAAAUUUCUUGGACCGCUAUCAUUCAAGGUACAAGCAUGACAAGGAGUUUAGUGGAAAGGAUUUUUUUUUUCCAACUAUUUAUGAGCGGAAUGAGAUAAAUGUGGCAAUUUUUAAUUGCAUUAAUCUGCAACAUCACAAUAUUAUUCCUUUGAUCGGCUGAGUUGCAAAUGUGAAUUUUUUGUUGAGCA